AUGACUUCUGAUACAGAAUUAUGCAAAGACCGAGAUAACUUUCCUCCAUUAAAGAAUGACCUCAUCUUAAGAGCUGCUCGUGGCGAGUAUACAGAAAUGAUCCCGGUAUGGGCAAUGAGGCAGGCUGGCCGCUAUUUACCAGAAUUUAGGGAGGUUAGGAGCAAGCAUGAAUUCUUCACCUUAUGUAGAACUCCAUCCUUGGCUUGCGAAGUUACACUGCAGCCAAUUAGACGAUUUAAUUUGGAUGCUUCUAUUAUCUUUUCGGACAUUCUGGUUAUACCUCAGGCUCUGGGAAUGGAUGUGGAAAUGAUUCCAGGCAAGGGUCCUACUUUUAUCAGGCCAUUAGAGCAUCCCAAAGAUCUGAAGGAAUUGGAGCACGAUGUUGAUGUAGAUGAUAAGCUUGGCUACGUAUAUGAUGCUAUCACGCUAACAAGACAUAAACUCGAAGGUCGAGUACCUCUGAUUGGAUUUGCUGGAGGACCAUGGACUUUAAUGGCAUACAUGAUCGAAGGAGGCGGAAGCCAAACCAUGUCGAAGGCAAAACAGUGGCUUUAUCGAUAUGAAGAUGAAAGUCAUCAACUCCUUCGAUUGCUUGUCGACAUCACCGUCAAAUUUUUAGUUGGUCAGGUUAAAGCUGGAGCGCAGCUUCUUCAAGUAUUCGAAUCCCAUGCGGGAUACCUUGGGAGAGAUUUAUUUAAUAAAUAUUCUUUGCAGUAUUUGCGCGAUAUCUGUAAAAACGUUAAGAGGGAACUCGUUGAUGCUAAAAUAGAUCCUGUGCCCAUGAUUGUAUUUGCGCGAGGAGCCCAUUAUGCCUUACAAGAAUUAGCUAGUACUGAUUAUGAUGUGAUUAGUGUCGAUUGGACUAUUGAUCCAAAGGAAGCAAGAAAUAAAAUUGGCGGACAAUCGACAAUUCAGGGCAACCUUGAUCCUUGUGCAUUGUAUGCUAAUAAGGCAAAAAAGCUCAUAGGGAAAAUGAUAGCAGAGUUUGGUACACAACGCUAUAUUGCCAAUUUGGGGCACGGCAUAUAUCCAAACGUUGAGCCAUCACAGCUGGACUGUUUUGUAGAAUGUGUGCAUGCAUACUCUAAAAAUCUUAAUGCUACCUGA